UUCCGCGACGCAAAUGGUACCGUGUUUUUUUCUUAACCAAGAGGAGUGAUGUCAACAAAACACUCCACUGAGAAAGAUGUUUUCCUGAAGUAAAUCUCAUGAAUAUGCGAUUCUGGUUGGCCUGCUUUUAUAAUCGCAAAAGAGAAAAGUCAUCUCGUGGGUUUCAACGUUAUAAAGUUUCAAAUACAAGAGGACUCAAUGUCGUUUCUUCGCUGGGUUACUGAGAAAUUGAGUGUGGAGAGCCUGUGGGAUUUGGAGUUUUUUGGAGAGCAAGCUCAGGGACUCUCUCACAGGAAAGCCCAUGAGGACAGUGCGGAGAGUUUGACCUCCCUGCCGCGCCGGGACACCAUGGGCAGCUUCCUCCCCGACCUCAGCGCCUACGAGCCCCUCACUAUUAUCGGCCGGGGUCUGGAUCAGCUGAUGACAGUAAACCUCGCUCAGUACAGACCUACAGGGGAACAUGUGGCCAUACGACGCAUUGACCUGGAGUCCUGCACCAACGACAUGGUCACAUACUUGCAGGGUGAACUGCAUGUGUCCAAGUUGUUCCACCAUCCCAGUAUUCUUCCUUACAAGAGUAUUUUUAUUGCUGAAAAUGAGCUGUGGGUUAUCACUCCCUUCAUGGCUUAUGGCUCAGCGAGAGACCUCAUCUGCUCCCACUUCACUGAUGGUAUGGGGGAGUUGACUAUUGCAUAUAUUUUAUUGGGGAUGCUCAAAGCCCUAGAAUACAUCCACCACAUGGGAUAUGUCCACAGGAGUGUGAAGGCCAGCCAUGUACUGAUCUCAGCAGAUGGCCAAGUCUGCAUGUCCGGUCUGCGCAGUAUUUUCAGUCUGAUACGUCACGGACAAAGGGUCAGGGUGGUCCACGACUUCCCCCAGUACAGCAUCAAGGUCCUGCCCUGGCUCAGCCCUGAAGUCUUACAGCAGAACCUUGAGGGCUAUGACUCCCGCUCAGAUAUUUACAGCCUGGGUAUCACAGCAUGUGAACUAGCCAAUGGACAUGUUCCCUUUAAAGACAUGCCUCCCACACAGAUGUUAUUAGAAAAGCUGAAUGGCACAGUACCAUGUUUGUUGGACACCACCACGAUCCCGCCUGAGGAGCUGUCCAUGAAGCCAUCACGCUCGGGGGCCGACUCUGGGAUCUGUGAGGGUCCUGGAGCCGGAGGGGUGAGGCACUCAAAUGGAGACCACGCCUCCACCUCAGGGGGGCACCCUUACAACCGCACCUUCUCCCCUCACUUCCACUCUUUUGUGGAGAUGUGUUUACAGCGUGACCCUGAGAAAAGGCCAUCUGCCACAACUCUGUUAGGACAUCCUUUCUUUAAACAGAUUAAGCGGCGUCCCUCGGAGGCACUCCCGGAGCUCUUGCGGCCCGUGACCCCCAUCACCAGUUUUGAGCUCCAGGCGCAGGACUCCCCCUCGGCUCUGGCCAGUCUGGAGUCCGGCCUCAGUCACCUGGAUGUGGACGAUUGGGAUUUCUGACAAAGGACAUUAUACUGGGACCGCACCCAUAGGUUACUUAUGAACACUUGAAAACCUGAGAAUUUUUUUUUAACAGUUUUGAUGUAAAUAGUACAAAUGUAAAGGAGUUGCUGUUUGACGAGUUAAAGCCAGCAGCCAGAUGCCUCUUGUCUCUUGCACGGCGCUUUCGCUCUAUAUGCACAGGACUUGCACUGAUGGCCUCUGCCCUGUCCCCUGGCAUAUCCCUGUUCAGAUUGUAUUCACUUGAGCCCGCGUAACCAAAAACAGCAGGAUCAAUCCAGGUUUCUAUCCCAAACUGACCAGUGGGAUGCUGCUACUGCAAACUGUUACCUCUUGUCUAGACGGUCAGAUCACAAAGGGUUUACACUGGCCCCUGCUGCAGAGGACACGGGUAACUUUUGGCUUUUCUGCAGCUUGUCCAGAAGGAAAAUAACUUCAAAAACAUGUAGACAUCUUUCUCAGACCAUGUUACAGAAACUAUACCGUUGGCUUUUUUACUCACUAUUGUAGCUCGGUUAAGUUGUUUAGCAAAUAACUGGUUCUCAAACUCUUCACUCACACCUCUACACUAAAUGGACCUCAAUAAGACAAACUCUACUGUCUCUAUCAAGAUAUGUAGUGACUUGUAUAAAUAGUGACAAAAUGAUGUAUAAACAGGCGAUAAACCAGAAGGAAGCUACAACAACUAGAGCUUAAAGGUGCACUAUGUAACUUUUCUGAUAAUGGUUCUGCCACCUGCUGGUCUUGGUGGAGAUUUUACUUACUGCUUUGCUUGGAGUGUACACAGUAUGGCAUUGAACUGAUGUAUUUAUUCAAUUACAGGAGUCAUGUUGUUCAUGUGAGUGGGGGACACCUCCACAGAUCUGACUUGUAAUUUGACAUGGUAACCUGGUAGUCACCUUCAUGUCUCUAUAGAGGUAGGCAAGUUUAAUGCCAAAUUGUGAAACAUUUCAGUCAAAGGAAACAAGUAGGAGGCCUCCUCUAGAAACAGUUUUUAAGUAAAGAUUUUAACUAGAACAAAGUAAUCUGGAUUUGACUAAGCUCUAAAUUCAGACAGAACUUCAUAUAACACAGUAUCUAUUUUAAAGUCAUUAUCAGUACACCAGUUCACCAGUGGUAGCCGGACCACAGUUUGAGGACCACAGUGGAUAGCUUUUCCUUGGACAUGAAUCUGGGCUUGAUGUUCUUUUAUCGUGAAUGUUCUAUUGGUGCUUGUUUUGUCUGGCUGCAUGUAACUGAAAGUGAGAGCAAAGUAGUGUGUGGCAAAUGUUACGUUUAUGUAAUAAAUAUUGUUAACUUGAAAGUGUGAGACAAACAUGGUUCACUAUCUAAAAAAAUGUUUAUUCAAAGUUUACACAGACACAGAAACAAAGAGCAGGGGGCGUGUUUAAUCUUCCUCUUCUGAUGGAGGUUGGUCGGCUAAAGCUGCAUUGUGUUUUUCCAUCUUGGCCAUCAACUCUGAAAUAAAGGGAAAACUGAUCUGAGUUUUAAGUGAUUUU